AUGGAUGAAAGAGCGAAAAAGAUAAUGAGAUUGGUGGAGAUGAUGGAGGAGAAGAGUGAAACUGGAAGCCGGAUACCAGAUAAAGAGAAUUUACCAAUGAAUGAAGAGUAUUUACCAGUGAAUGAAGAGGAUUUACCACGGAAUGAAGAGUAUUUACCAGUUAAUGAAGAUUAUCAAUUUGAUUGGUGCUUUAAUUUUGUUGUGAUUUCGACGUCAGGUUUCGGAGGUCAGGUGGACUUUAUCCGUGGCGCGUCGGAGGCACUGGACGGAAAGGGCAAGCCCAUCAUUGCAAUGACAUCAACCAAUCCCAAGACAGGCGACAGCAAAAUUGUUCCUUUCAUCAAGGAAGGCGCAGGCGUGGUGACGUCACGCGCGCAUGUUCACUACGUUGUGACCGAGCAGGGAAUCGCGUCGCUGUUCGGAAAGAGCUUACGUCAGCGCGCCUAUCACCUGAUUGAGAUUGCGCACCCCACACACCGCGAGGCGCUCGAGAAGGCCGCCUUCAAACGGCUCAAGUGCAUGCCGGCGCCCUAAACUUGCCCAAUGUGCACUGUUCAACUCAAGUGCAUGCCGGCGCCCUGAACUUUCCCAAUAUGCACUAUCUAACUUUCAACCCAAGUGCAUGCUGGCGCCCUGAACUUUCCCAAUGUGCACUAUUUAACUUUGAAGUUUUGUAUCAAAUUAUGGUGAUGUGUAUCAAGUUCAGAUGGUACUGUAUCAUGUGUGGCGAUACUGUAUCAAUAUGCACUAAAAACACUUUGAAGUUUCCUAUCAAAUUCAUGGUGUUGUGUAUCAGUUGAGAUGAUACUGUAUCAUGUUUAGUGAUACUGUAUCAUUUAUGGUGAUACCAUAUGUGUACUAUUUAACUUUGAAGUUUUGUAUUCAAAUUGUGGUGUUGUGUAUCAAGUUGAGAUGAUACUGUAUCAUAUUGUGUUGAUAAUGUAUCAUGUUGUGAUACUGUAUCAUUGUGCACUAUUUAAUAAGCGAAUGUUUCUAAAAACAAUAUUCAAUAAACGAACUUUAGACUCGGGGUACAGUGUCAUAGAGAAAAGAUAGCAUAAAAAGAUAUUCAAUAGUUUGUAGAAUUCUUCAGUCUGGAAGUUUUCUAUCAAGUUGAGAUGAUACUGUAUCAUAUUUUUAUGAUACUGUAUCGUAUUUUUAUGAUACUGUAUCAUGUGUAGUGAUACUGUAUCAUUUAUGGUGAUACCAUGUGCACUAUUUAACUUUGAAGUUUUGUAUUCAAAUAUUAUGGUGUUGUGUAUCAAGUUGAGAUGAUACUGUAUCAUAUUGUGUUUAUACUAUGUCAUGUUGUGGUGAUACUGUAUCAUUGUGCACUGUUUAAUAAACGAACUGUAGACUCUGGGUACAAUUACAUAGAGAAAAGAUAUGCAUAGCAUGAGGAGAUAUGCCAUGGUAUAGGGCGUUAAUGUUUUAAAUUUGUUGCCAGUAUAAUUCUGAAUAUCCCAUGAUGUCGGGCGUUAAUUUUUUAAAUUUGCUGACAAUGUAAUAUUCUAAAUAUAUCAUUGUAUAGGGCGUUGUUGAUGUUUCAAAUUUGUUGCCAGUAUAAUUCAGAAACGUUUAUUUAUUAAUUAAUGUAUUUUUCAUUGGCAGAAUAAAGUUUCAUUCUCGUUUUGAUGUCAGAGGAAUUCUGAAAUGUUUUUUGUAUUAAUUGUUGUAUUUUUCAAAGGCAGAAUGUAGUUCUAUUCUCAUUUCACUGUUAACUCAAGCCGAUAGCCCCAGUAGUUCUUUUUUAGACGCUGGUAGUCUCUCAGACUGUGCCGUUCUUACACUCUCACCCGGCCAAAACAGUAAUAAUAGACAGUAGUCGACAGUAAUCGACCUGAGUUGACACGUGAAGCUAUCGACGCUGGCAGUCUCUCAGACUGUGCCGUUCUUACACUCUCACCCGGCCACAACAGUGAUAAUAGACUGUAGUCGACAGUAAUCGGCUUGAGUUAACAAAACAUUGGCUUGAAAUUUCGAACAUGAACGACGUAUACUAUGGGAUAUCUUCUCAUGCUAUAUUUUCUAUUUGGUGAUGCAAAGCCAUGUAAAUUUCUAAUGUUUCAAGGAAAGAGUCAAAUUGUGUUAAACUUGAAAAGCAUACACGUAAACUAUCUAUGAACCAUGGGAUAUUUUUUUUCUUAUGCUAUCUUUUCUCUAUGACCGUGUGAAGUGUACUCAAAGGCUCAACUCACACUUACGCGACUCAGGUCGAGAAGAGACUCGACUCUAGUG